AUGGCAGUAAGGGGGGUGGAUGUCGAUGAGCUGGUGAACACCGUUGGUAAAACACGAGAUGAGAUACAGAAUGUAAAGACUAGCAUAACAGCAGUGGCAGGUAAGCUGGCCCAUAUAAAGCAGCUAGUAGCGGCCACUUCUCCUGGCCAGAACAAUGGGGGCAUGGUAGACAUUCAAGUUGCCACUGUGAAGGGCAUGGUAGCUAGAGCUAAGGAUGAUAUACAAAAGUUCAAAUCCUCAGUGAAGCAAGCAGCAGAAGAGAGGGCCCAAAGCGGAGCCCUUAAUGUUAACGCGUUCAGAAGGCGGAUGGCUAACGACGAUAAGUCCCGAUCGUU